CGUGCAAAACUCAUCGCCUGGUAAUGGAGUACAGUGCAGUAAAACACCACGAUUACAACAGCUCACUCGGCCUGCGCUUAGUGUGUUGUCAUUUCCGACACUGAAGAACGCGAAACGUUGGGUACUCCGGUGGUGGCGGCGCCGCCGCCAGGCGUUUCGGUCUACACUCGAAUCCUCCCUUACGUGGGUAUUUCAACUAGAUGUCUGCAGCUGAGACGCCAAAAAAAGAGCGAGGAUGCUUUCAGUGCUCGCGUCGCAGGAUUGUUUGCGACAGAGCCGAGCCAUCUUGCCUGAAAUGUGCGAAGAAGGGCAUAGAGUGCUCAGGGCCCAACAGGAUCAGAUUCGCAGGCGGUGUGGCCAGGAGAGGGCGCUACAAGGACUGCAAGAUACCUAAUGCUGGAGGAGAUGACGGCUAUGGCGAGCUGCCGACUACCACCGAGUUCCAAGCAUUGCGAUGGCCUGGCGAAGACAGAGUCAAGAAAAGGAGGAAAGUUGAUUUGGUGGAGGAUUCAAUCGCAAAGAGGUCUUCGUCGCCUGUCUCAAAAGACUCCAAAGAUAAUGAGAUGUCAUCAAAACCGUUACCGGGUCUCGUGAAAACGGACGAGGGCGAUGAAGAUGAAGUGGAAGAUAUUGGCCGAGGUCACAACUCCCCUAUCGUCACUCGAACACAACCCUUCGAAAUUGCUCCUUGGAUUGCGCCUAUCGAUCCGAAACUGCGAAUGCUCUUUUCAUACUUUUCAGAUAUCGUCGCGCCGGUCAUGGUCGUGCUUGACAAUAACUUCAAUGGAUAUCGGUCUUUGGUACUUCCCAUGGCAAUGGAAGACGAUCUCUUGCGGCGUGCGGUCGGUGUUGUGGCCGCGCAACAUCUCAGUCGUGAGCGGCCUGAGCUUCAACAUGCAGCAGAGGCGGGUCGUGCCGCUGUCAUAUCGCGCUUGCGCAGUGACUCACUACAACAGUCUGCAGACAGAGUGUUCAACAAGUUUACGUGGGCGACACUCAUCGUACUUCUAGUCGGUGAGACCGUGACGGGAAGCGCAGACUUCCGUUUCUUCGUUCAGAUGCUGCUCAGCCUCUCUACGUGCAAUCCCGGUCGAGAUGUCGAUCCUGUGUUGUCAUCGUUUUUGCAGGCACAAACGCACAUGUUUGAGUUCCUAGCUGUACCGCUGCUUGGCGAGGAAGUUGGCGUUCUUACAGUGAUGAAAGCUUCAGAAUCUCUGAUGGGUUUCCUCUCUUACUCGAACCUACCUGAGGAUUGCGAAGAUCGGCGCAACACAGAUCUUAUCCGGCAGUGCUUCGUCUCUGCAUGCAACAUCUACGCUCGUUGCGCCGCGAGCUCAGACAUCAAUUCCAGCUUUAAAGACGCCAUUCAAUCCCAGUAUAUUCAACAGCUCAUCGAAAUCAUGUUACAGGUCUCUCCAAAUGCCCGCGGCGCACAUGCUCUUGUCUGGGUGUGCUUCGUUGCUGGAGCCGCCUCGACGGAUCAAGACCAGCGAGACUUCUUCGUACAUCGCAUGGAGCAGGUCUACGCUCAAACACGAUUUCGCAACAUCCCUACUGGGAUAGAAAGUCUCCGCAAUAUCUGGUCGCAGGGACACGGAAAGCGAUGGACUGCUUGUCUCUCUCAGCUGUCCAAUGUUUUGGUAAUGUGAGAACCUGCUAGAUCAACAUAUGUGUGUGAUCUCCGGAACACGAUCGGCUUGGUCUUCGUGAUCGAGUCUUGAACACAAAGGGCAUGGAACUGUACUUGUGUCUUCAAGGACAGAACUCAAGGCCCUAUUUGGGCAGCAUGAUUGAUACAAGUGUGCGUUUGAGGCCGCAUAACUUCUG